CAGCACGUGCACUCAACAGUGGGCGUGCAACUUGGCUCCGUCUACUGAUCUCAAUAUCAUGCUUUUGUCAACUGUAGGAUUUAAGAGAUAUGAACACGGUGGCACUUACAUACCUUAGAUUUGUCGAGCGCUGGAACAAAGAGUCCGAUGUCUUAGUACAAAUAAGUGAUUUCAUACCAGACUACGAAGGUCCUGUCAGAAAGCUGGAAUUGGAGGUACUGUGUAGUGUUUCGUGGCGGAAAGGUAGCAUGGAUAUCUGCUGUGAAUGGUCGGGAGACGUUUCACUGAUAGAACGAUUCGACACUGCCUAACUGGAUGAACAAUUCAGCCUACCAACAUGCAAGCUAUCCAGCGUUAUAACAAGAACAUUCGGGAGAGAUCUACCCUGCCUAACAUAUUGCCGUCACAUCAACGUCUUCGCCAGGAACUGCGUGCAGGUAAGGAGGAUGAGGGCAGACAGGUGAGCCGACAGCUUCAACACACAGUUGUGGGACUGGCCAUGUCCAAGCAGCAGCUGUCUAUCCCCCAGGCUCUACCCAUGAGGAGGGGGUCAUCCAACCAAAGCCUCUCAGGGUCUAGCAUACUCAGUGCGUCAGACCGGAGGGGGUCUGGAGCAACGAGGAGGGGUUCCCGCGGGUCACUGAAAAGAAACUCACUGCCCCUUGGGUCGAUGGGAGUGAGGCAGUGGAUGAGAAGGCCGCAUCCCCGGGACAGACUCACUGAGACAGAGGAGGCGGAGAGGGCCAGGAAGCUGCUGGGAAAAUUCCGGAUGUGGGCUCGCGUGGUUCGAACCUUCUGUCACCUGUUCAGUAGAUGUAGUGUCCUUGAGAGCAGCGACUCCAACAGCCCCUACUACGCCCAGCUGGACACCAUCGAGAAGACCUCACUCGGCAUUGACAAGAAUCACUACAUUUUCUUUGACCCUGCUGACUAUAAGGCCAAUACUCAGAUGCGGAUGUCUAGGGAUGGCCAGAGAAUUCUGUCCAAGCCCCCAGACGACAGGACAGAGGAUGAAAUACACCAUGUGAUGAUAGCUCUGCGGGGAAUCGGUGCCAUAGAAGACCUACCAAUCAGAAUGCAGAAACAGCUUGCAAGAUACAGUACUUUCCAAGAAUUUGGAGCGAAACGGAUGAUUGUUAAGCAGCGUCAUCGACCCGAAUCCUUCUACUUCCUGCUCUUCGGCACAGUGAUGGUGGCCGUGCUGCAGGAGAGUGGAUACGCCAAGACAGCGGUGGAGCUCACAAGAGGGCACAGCUUCGGGGAAUUGGCUAUCAUGAGUGGCACCACCAGACAAUCCUCCGUCAUCACCAAGACCCACGUGGAGCUCCUCGCGGUCACGGAGGAGAACUACAGACGGAUCUUCAUGGUGGGUGGGAUACGGAACCUUCACGACCCCGACCAGCUGCAGUUCCUGGGGAAUCUGGCGUUCCUCCAGGACUGGCCAUUGGAGCUGCUGACACAGGCUGAUGCUAAGCUCGUCACCUUCUGCUACUUCCGGUGCAAGACUGUCAUGGUCAAGGACAGCAACUUCUCAGACUGGAUUUUUAUUGUCAAGUCGGGUUCAGUAACUGUGUUGAAGAAACUCGCCAAGGCUCAAACAACGCUGAACAAGAAAACAGGACGGUAUCACCAAGUUGCCAACACUGAUGGCUACGUGGCCUUCCAGAGCAACGCCCUCGCAUACGCCCGUUACCUUGCUUACAACAACAAGACAUUGCCAUCCCCGCUUACUUUGUCACUCAACUCAAGUUUCAACGCGGACAGUGACGUCACACAAUCGAAUGACGUCACUGAUGAGGUUGACCGAUUUCUGCGACGGGUGACACGAGUCAAUCGUCCAAUGACGUGUUCCCCUCGUAGGAAGUUGGGAGGUGUUGGCGGGCCCCGGAUAUCCAUGUCGGCUGUCUGUGGCGCACAGAAGAGAAAGCCUAGAAGUACCGAGAUGUCGACCUCCAACCCAUCAACGCCGACAUCAACCACCACAACAGAUGACAGUGACGUGCUUGACCUACACCCCGACCACAACAUACACGUCAACAGUGGCAGGAUCCGAACGUUCCUCGACGACCUUGAUGCUGGAUCAUCGUCAAAGCCGUCAGCAGUAACAGAAGCAGAUGUGAACCCUGAGUUCGUCCUGGUCCAGACUCUCACCAGGGGGCAGGCGUUUGGCCUGGCCCAGGUUGUCCUUGGCGACCAGCCGAGUCUCAGCAUGGUGAGCAAUGGCGUGGAGUGUCUGAUGAUCAACAAGCGCUUCUAUCUUGACCACUGUCCUCCAGCGUUGCUCAGGCGACUCAAGACCCAGGUUUCUCCUUAUCCCAGUGACGAGAGGCUUCAGGGGGACCUGGUGGUGCGCGCGGACUGGGAGGUGUACAAACAACGUGUGACCGCAGAGGUGUUAGUCAACAGACCCCAUUCCAUUAAUCAACCACAAGAAUACAAUCUAGCUUGAUCUGAAGAGUAGCUAUCCUGCUCGUGUCUUGGGCAUCCUCGUCAACAGAUCUCAUCCCUUAUACGUCACGAGAACAGCUUCGUACAAGUUUAAAUCGUACACGCUUAUGUCCUUCUGGUUUCUUCUGAAGAAUACCGCUGUCCCCCAACAACUCCAGCUAGAGGGAUAUGACGAUGCAGUGCUGCCCAGUUGGUGGAAGUGGUGGACUGUAUAAUCCACGUUUCUUGUCACAUUUGUCAAGUCCUGGUCAGCGAACGCCCAUGUUAGAUUCGGAUCUAGAGGACAGAGGCUUUCAACGGGAUGUGCUUCUUUGAAAAUCUCAGGUCGUCACGUGACUUGAUUCAAAAUGACAUGUGUAAGGAUAGAUUAAUAAACAGUGAAUGGAGGCUGUUUGCGCCGUCAGCAAUAUUCCAUCUAUAUUAAGGCGGUCUGUAAAUAACCCAUCCCGGACCAGGCAAUCCAAAGCGAAAGCAUGAACAAAGGUCCACGUCAUCGUGUACGAUGACAUACAAUUUUCAAUGUUAUAGAGCCUGACCACCCGAUCCUGUACACUAUUGACACUCUUGCGACACUCGUGGGGUACGGAAUCUCCACAGGGGCACACAAAUAUUCAGAAGCAAAGUUUCAUCGGUGGCAAAGAGGUACGCACGUCGCUAGUAACCCAAACUGUAUUGGACACGGGGCACCAGAACAGAUUAUACCCAGGUAGAUUAAUGAGACCGAGAGUUUGGCGACGAUUUGACGUGAACUCACCUUCAAACCGGUGCUAUUUAUGUACCAUUGGUACAUUCUUGGUGGAACAUUCUCAUUACAAUAGUGAGCGAAUUAAUGUGGCUUCAUCACUAUUGCAGCUACUGAUGACGAUGAAGCAGUGGUAAAUAUGCGAGAUUCCCUGUGAACCUGGUGGAAGUGUACAUGUGUAUGAAAUGAAUAUUUGGCACCUGCUGAUCCCCACCUUUGUAUUUUGUUCACAUCUGUAUACCUUUAAAAAUGUAUUUGUUCUACUAUUUGAAUCGAAUUAAUAAUAUAU